AGCUUGGAGACGACCUUGGAACACAACUUCUUCGAUUUAAUCCUGACUCACCACGUCUCGGGCUGUUGCAGGGACCAUUACGAAUAUUAUCCCAUCCGAGAGCAGGGUUUCGAUCAAGAACAUUCUCCAAGUCCUUUGCGGAGAGACAAAGACCCCGAACGGGAAUUUUCGUCCAUUUCGCGACUGCAGCUGAGCGCUUGCAGAAGCUGGCAAGAUGCCGAAAUUCUUCUGCGACUACUGCGAUGUGUACCUCACGCACGACUCCAUGAGCGUGCGCAAGGCGCAUAACUCCGGCCGCAACCACCUCCGCAAUGUGGUGGAAUACUAUCAGCAGAUCGGUCAAGAGAAGGCUCAAUCAGUCAUUGACUCCAUCACCUCCUCCUACGCCGCAGAGGGCAAGGCCGUUCCCAAUCCCGCAAUGGUCCCUCCCGGCGCAUUCCCGCCUCCAUUCGGGUUCCCAGGACAUCCAGGCCAAGUCCCCCCUCCACCUUUCGGUAUCCCACCCCCCGGAGCCCCAGGCGCCCCCGGAAUGCCGCCUCUCCUCCCCGGUGGCCGUGGCAUGCCCUUCCCGCCCUUCCCGCCUAACGCCUCCGGCACCCCGCCCCAAGGCGGUUUCCCUCCACCACUCCCUAACAUGCCCAACAUGCCCCCCGGCGCGGGCAACCUGCCUCCACCCCCGCCAGGUGGAUUCCCGAAUUUCCCUAUCCCCCCGCCAGGUGCUGCAGGUGGGUUCCCCCCUCCAAUGCCUUUACAGCAUGGUGCGCCGGAUCCGUCUAUUCCUAGUGGACCGCGAGGCUCGGAUGCCUAUCCUCCUCCUGGCCGGGGAGAUCGGUGGUAAAUUCAUUCUAAGGUGUUUUGCUGUUUUCAUUUUCAUUUCCUUUUUCGUCGGUUGAAUACCUGGUCUCAGUCAUGAUCACGUUGUGUUUUCGGGAAGAUGCUGUGAUACUCCUCGCCAGCUGAGGGUUAGAAGUAUUCGCCAAAAAGCCAAAUACUCCUUUUCCAGCUUGCAGGGGGGUCUUUCUGCACUAGUUCUGUAUAAUAGCGUCUUCUGGUUUUUCUCGAUCUCAAGUCCAGAUCUUCUUGAGAUGGCUGCUUAGAAAUGAUGUUUCUUUGGGCAGCCAUCUGGUUCAAGGACAGAAUGCGUAAACGAAUAAAACACGGCGUUCGGGCGAACAUGCCAUUCUACUUACAAUCAAUCCUUCUGCAAAUCUAUCUUACUUAUCUGCGAG